AUGACGCAGUCUCCCAUGAUAGCCGCGCCGCCCAAGGCAACCAACGAGAUUGACUGGGUCACGCCUUUGAAGUCCUACAUCCGCGACACCUACGGCGAUGACCCCGAACGAUAUGCCGAGGAGUGCGCAACGCUCAACCGCCUGAGGCAGGACAUGCGAGGCGCGGGCAAGGAGAGCAUCACAGGGAGGGAUAUGCUCUAUCGUUACUAUGGACAGCUGGAGCUGCUGGACCUGCGCUUUCCUGUGGACGAGCAACACAUUAAGAUAUCAUUUACAUGGUUCGACGCAUUCACCCACAAACCUACGACGCAAUACUCGCUCGCAUUCGAAAAGGCCUCCGUCAUCUUCAAUAUUUCGGCUGUUCUUUCCGGCCACGCUGCCAUACAGAACCGAGAAGACGAUUCUGCACUCAAAGUUGCCUAUCACUCGUUCCAAGCGUCGGCCGGCAUGUUUACAUAUAUAAAUGAGAAUUUCCUGCAUGCUCCUUCAUUCGACCUGAGCCGAGAGACUGUCAAGACAUUGAUCCAUCUCAUGCUUGCCCAGGCACAGGAGAUCUUUUUGGAAAAGCAGGUCAAGGACCAGAAAAAGCCUGGCUUGCUGGCUAAGCUGGCUUCGCAGGCUGGAUACCUCUAUGGGCAAGCUGUUGAGGGCGUGCAGGAAAACGUCACAAAGGUCAUAUUUGAGAAGGUCUGGCUGACCAUGGUCCAGAUCAAAGCCAAUCUUCUCAACUCCAUAGCGCAGUACUACCAGGCAGUGACAGACGACGAGGCUGGCCAACAUGGCGUGGCGCUAUCACGACUCCAGGCUGCCGACACCCUGGCCAAGGAAGCCGACCGAUUAGCGAAGAGCUUUCCUACUGCCGUUCCGACCAAUGCCAAUAUCGGUGCCGAUUGCAGCAUCCAUCUGCAGGAAAUCACAAAACGACAGUGCUCCAUAGUGCAGGAACGGCUACGAGAAGCCAUCAAGGACAAUGACUACAUCUACCACCAGACAGUCCCCGCGGAAGCGAGCUUGCCCCAGAUCGCCAAGCUACCAGCCGCGAAGCCGAUUCCUGUAUCUGAACUUUACGCAGGUCAGGACAUCCAGCGCAUCACCGGGCACGAUCUGUUCUCCAAAAUUGUGCCCAUGGCGGUGACUGAAUCCGCCAGCUUAUACGAUGAAGAGAAAGCCAAGCUUAUACGGGCCGAGACGGAAAAGGUAGAUACGGCGAACGGCGAAAUGGCAGCCAGUCUGGACUAUCUGCGACUUCCAGGGGCGCUGCAAGUGUUGAAGGGCGGUUUCGAUCAAGACAUUCUCCCCGACGAAGACUUCCGGCAAUGGUGCGAAGACGUUGCCAAUCACGAGAAUCCUGUGAGCAUCUUUGAGUUUCUGCGGAGCGAGAAGGAAUCUAUUGUGUCUACUCUGGACAAGAGCUCCAAGCAGCUGGAUAUGGAGGAGAGCGUGUGCGAAAAGAUGCGAUCCAAGUAUGAAAACGAGUGGAGUCAGCAGCCCAGUGCACGCCUCACGACGACCCUACGGGGAGAUAUUCGCAAUUACCGAGAAGCUCUGGAGGAGGCCAGCAGGAGCGAUGGCCAACUAGCAGCGAAACUGCGUCAGAACGAAGCCUGGUUCGACGAGAUGCGGGGCGCCGUUGCGAAUGGACAAGUUGACCAACUCUUCUCAAAGGCGGUUUCUCAGGCCAAGGGAAGAGGCAGUAACGCCGUCAGUCCAUCUGGAAACGAGCCGAACCUGCUGGAUGCCGACUUUGACGAAUCUGGACCGACGGUCGUGGAGCAGAUUGCAAGGGUCGAGGAGACUCUCAAGAAACUCAACCUUAUCAAGAGAGAGAGGAACCAGGUCCUCAAAGAUCUUAAGGAGAAGGUGCACACCGACGACAUUUCGCAAGUCCUCAUCCUUAACAAAAAGACAAUAGCAAACUAUGAGCAGCAACUCUUCAAGCAGGAAUUGGAAAAAUUUCGUCCUCACCAGAAUCGCUUGCUCCAGGCCAACCACAAGCAGUCGGCCUUGAUGAAGGAACUCACGGCUACAUUCAACACUCUGCUGCAGGACAAGCGCGUGCGGGCGGAGCAGAGCAAGUAUGAAUCCAUCCAGCGACAGAGGCUAUCGGCGAUUGGCAAGUAUAAGCGAGCUUAUCAGGAAUUCUUGGAUCUGGAAGCUGGCUUGCAGAGCGCCAAGAACUGGUAUUCGGAGAUGAGGGAGACGGUGGAGAGCCUUGAGAAGAACGUGGACACCUUUGUGAACAAUCGGAGGUCAGAGGGUGCGCAACUGCUCAACCAAAUCGAACAAGAACGGUCGUCGAACAAGACGCAGCAGGCAGAGCUGGAACGGGAGCGGCUACGAGGCCUCAUGGAGCGGAUGUCGAUGGAGCCGGGGCAGCCAGCGGCACCACCCAAACCGCCCUCGCAGAGGCCAACACCUGCACCCCUGAUGCAGCAGCAAAACCAAGCUCCCCGGUAUGGGCAGAGCGGCAGCAGCAAUGGCUACCAGGGACAGUUCCAGAUGCCUACAUCGCCGCCACCAAACCAGCAAAACUUUCCGGGUUACGCCAGCCCUCCUCCUCAAAGCACCUUUUCGCAACCUGUAUAUAAUCCUAGCACAUACGGCAGAAACCCUGGGCCGACAUCGCCACCACCGAACCAGACGUCCUUUAAUAUGAACGUCAUGAGAGGCCCUCAAUCACCACCGCCGACACAGACAUCUUUCGCACAGCACCAGGCGUAUAGCACGUAUGGGGCCUUACCUACACAACAGCAGCCACCGCAGCAGCAGCAGCAGCAGCAGCUCCCUCAAGGAGGAUAUAUACCUCCUGGCUUUGUGCCACCACCGCCUCCACCGGGCCCUCCUCCGCUAGGUCCUCAGCAGACUAUUCACUUCGGGCAGCAGGAUUAUGACUCUGCAACUGGCCACCCACAGAGCGCACAGCCUCGGUCAGCUCAAGCACAGCAGACACAUGAUCCAUGGGCCGGGCUGAAUGCAUGGAAAUAACGAGAAACAGCGCUUCUGGUGAGGCUAUCUACCUAAUGGGUAUUGAGACAGUUGGUUGGAUGAUAAUGUGAAGGCAUGGUUUAAAAACACGCAGAAGAACCAGGGUAGUUUUGAAGGGUAAUGUCGGACCAGGGGAAGAGGGUGUAAAAGAGACGGACAAAGGGAUAGAAGUAUGUAUGCUGACGGCAUCAAUAAUAUGUUUCUUU